ACAAUUAUAUAGUUUGGCCCCGAUAUGAGUGCUGUGACAAUGUUUAGUUGCUGAAGUUGAAGAACAAGUCCAUACCAUAAAAAUGGAGAUUUGAUGCUUCCAACAAACUUGGACGCCACCCGCACCAGCUACAUCAGAUCUUCCGCUAGCAGCCGCCGCUCAACUGAGGGUCACUGUAUACUACUCCACUACUGUGCUCUUCUGGUUUUGCUUUGGUUGCUCCGCUGCUACAAACUAACACUCAGUUUGAAGCUUUUUCCCCUCUUUUCACUCUCCCUCUUGUCUGAUUUGUGUUUUUCAAUACUCAAAUUCUGAUUCCUACCCCGAUAUGACCUCUUUCUUCACGUAGAUAAAACUACAAUGUUCAAAUAUGAAUUUAUUGUGCAAUCCAACUCUAACCUAUGUGCCGACGCCAUUGAUUCAAAACCCCUCUAAAAGAACCAGCAAAAUCCAUUCUUGUCAACUUAUUUCAACGACCCACAAAACCAGAAGAAGAUGUGAUUUGUAUGACUUGCACAAGGAGGUGGUGCCAUAUGCAGAGGCGUGGUCGUGGCAGAAGGCCAUUGUGACGGAGAGAAGAGCACUGAGUGACAGAAAUGAAGAUUUUUCGGACAGUUUGAUUAUCUUACAACACCACCCUGUUUACACCAUGGGCACCGGCAGCUGUGACAAUUACUUGAAUUUUGAUGUCAGCAAUGCUCCUUUUGAUUUGUACCGCACCGAAAGAGGUGGUGAAGUUACAUAUCAUGGUCCUGGUCAGUUAGUCAUGUAUCCUAUCAUCAAUCUCCGGUAUUACAAGAUGGAUCUCCAUUGGUACCUGAGGUCACUUGAAGAGGUGGUUAUUCGGGCUAUUUCUUCGACAUUUUCUAUUGAAGCUUCAAGAGUUGAGGGCUUAACUGGUGUUUGGGUUGGUGACGCGAAAUUAGCUGCCAUUGGUAUUAAAGUAUCAAAAUGGAUAGCAUAUCAUGGCUUGGCACUGAAUGUCACCACAGACCUAACACCCUUUGAUCAGAUCGUCCCGUGUGGGAUUAGGGAUCGCCAAGUUGGGAGCAUCAAGGGGCUUUUAAAUGACAACAGGCACCGAGUUGAAGAUUAUGAUCUCAAUGAUGAUCAAGAUUUGAUGCACACUGCUUGUAAGUCGCUUGUUAAGGAGUUCUGUGACGUUUUCCAAAUCGACUUUUGCCAAAAAUCUUUACAAAGAUCGGCUACUCAGAACUCCGUUGGCCUAGCAUCUUGAAGAGGUGAUACAAAUGAUUCAGGAAAGGGAUUGAACAGUCGGCAUUUCUGAUUGUGUGUUUAAUUUGCAGAAUAUACUGAGGAAGAAAGGGUUUGAGCAGAUGCACACUGUUACUAACUAUAAAGUUCAGUCUUUCUUUGUUACGUGAAAGAAUAAAUAAUUUUAAAGAUCA